CUCUCGCAGCAAAUCGGUGACGCGUAGGACCGACGCCAAAGGCAAUCACACAUCCACGCCUGCCCAACCUCCAUCUACCUCACCAAGCACCCUUCCUUGUCGGCGGCACCCGCCACCCGCGGAGCCUCGGAGAGCCGGGGCGGGCGCCAUGGCGGACGUGGCGGUGCAUCAGUUCAACAACAUCCUUCUCGGCGGCCGCGGCGCUCUGACGCCGGGUCAGCUAAGAGUGCAUACGGGCGGGCUGGCGUGGCGCAAGCUGGGCGGCGGCAAGCAGGUGGACGUGGCGCGCACGGACAUGGCGGCGCUGGUGUGGAUGCGCGUGCCGCGCGGCUUCCAGCUCUGCGUGCGCCUCAAGGCGGGCGGCAAAGUCAAGUUCAACGGCUUCACGCAGCAGGACGUGGCGGCGCUCUCGCCCUUCCUGACGUCCACGCUGGGCUUCGCCCCCAAGAGCAAGGAGCUCGCCACCAGCGGCAGGAACUGGGGCGAUGCCGACAUAGACGGCACGAUGCUGGGGUUUCUGGUGGGCGGCAAGCAGGCAUUCGAGAUCUCCAUUGCUGACGUGUCGCAGACUCAGCUGUCGGGCAAGAACGACGUGCUGCUGGAGUUCCACGUGGACGACACCGCGACCGCUGCUGAGAAGGACACGUUGGUGGAGAUGAGUUUCCACAUCCCCACCACCAACACCACCUAUGUCGGCACCGAGGACAAGCCCUCCGCUCAGAUAUUCCAGGAGCACAUCCUAGCCAAGGCGGACGUGGGGCCCUCGGGUGACGAGUCGGUGGUGGAGUUUGAGGGCGUGCACAUCCUCACGCCCAGAGGGCGCUUCAAGGUGGAGCUGCACGUGUCGCACAUCCGCCUGCAGGGCAUGGCCGUCGACUUCAAGAUCCAGUACAAGAACCUCGCACGCGUCUUCGUGCUGCCCAAGGCCAACCAACCGCACACCUUCGUCGUUGUCACACUGGACACGCCCAUCCGCAAGGGCCAGACGCUCUACCCGCACAUCGUGCUCCAGUUCCCCAACGAGGAGACGUUUGAAGGAGGGCUGGCGCUCAGCGACGAGCUGCUCACCACCAAGUACAAGGACCGCCUGCAGCCCGUGUACAAGGGCCUGGUGCACGAGGUGUUCGCACAGAUCCUGAGAGGGCUCUCGGGCUCCAAGGUCACCCGCCCCGGCACGUUCCGCAGCAACAGCGACGGGUACGCGGUGCGCACGUCGCUCAAAGCGGAGGAGGGGUACCUGUACCCGCUCGAGAAGAGCUUCUUCUUCCUGCCCAAGCCGCCCACGCUCGUCCUGCAUGAUGAGGUGGAGUACGUGGAAUUUGAGCGGCACGGCGCGGGCACGAGCAGCAUCUCGUCGUCGUACUUCGACCUGGUCAUCCGCCUGCGCAACGAGCAGGAGCACCAGUUCCGCAACAUCCAGCGCAACGAGUACCACAACCUCUUCUCCUUCUUCAGUGAGAAGCGCAUCAAGAUUCUGAACCUGGGGGACUCGCACGCAGCAGCAGGCGGGGGGGCGGAGGCGGGGGCGGGCGUCGUGGGCGUGGGCGUGGGGCACCUGGAGUCGGACGACGACGCGGUGGACCCGCACCUCAACCGCAUCCGGGCAGGCGGCGCAGAGGAGAGCGACGAGGAGGACGAGGACUUUGUGGCGGGGCAGGAGGACGGGGGCUCGCCCACGGAGUCGUCGGAGGGGAGUGGCAGCGAGGGGGGCAGCGGCAGCGACAGCGACAGCGACGCCAGCAGAGCCGCCAACGAGGACGAGGAGGAGACGGCCAAGCGCAAGGAGAAGGCACGCAAGGAGAAGGAGAGGGAGAAGGCAAGAGAGGAGAAGGCGGGCAAAGCAGCCAGCAGUGGGGGGGCCAAGAGGAAGAGCAAGGAGGGCGGGGGAGGGGGAGGGGGCGAGGAGAGCGGCAAGAAGAAGCGGAAGAAGAAGGACCCUGAUGCCCCCAAGCGCGCGCUCUCGGGGUUCAUGUACUUCAGCCAGUCGCAGCGCGAUCAAAUCAAGAAGGACAACCCCGGCAUUGCCUUUGGUGACAUCGGCAAGUUGAUUGGCGAGAAGUGGAAGAAGAUGUCCGCGGAGGAGAAGGCACCCUACGAGGACAAGGCGAAGGUGGACAAGGUGCGGUACGCGGACCAGAUGCGCUCGUACAAAGGAGGGGGCGGCGCCGACGAUGCGGACCAGGAGUAGCCCCGGGCUGGGCGGCUCAUCUCUUAGCCCUGGCCAGGAUGGCACCUUUCUGUGUUUUGCGAGCAUUCUGGUGCUGUUAGUCUUGAUACGGUCUUGGGCAACAUGGCGUUAGAUUACUCCAUGUAUGCCUGCUGCUGAAAUAUAUAUAUUUUUUACAG